AUGGCUCCAUUUCAAGCGCAACAGUUCCGGCAAGGGUUUGUCGUUACCCUCAACACACUCCGACUAAUGGAUCCUCGCACUAUCGCAUUCCAGAUCUUUAGGCUUCCCUCACCCGGUGAUUUAGUUCGCAACGCCUUAAAAGAAAGACAAGGUCUCCUUGACAGGCAGCAAUGGAACAACAGGGUUCGUCUUGGUCCCGGAACAGAGCAUUCCGAGGUUCACGAUAUUGCAUUUACUGGAGAGUCGCGUUGGCAAACUCUUGAAAACCCUGACGCAACUCUGCAGAGCAGUCAGAGUAUACGGCUGACGGUGAAAGAAGAAGGGUCUAGUGGUCCCGAGGACACCUUUCCAGUUGCUAUGGGUUUGAUGGAACUUUCAAAGCAAUGGCAACAAGCUGACCCGAACGCCUCGUAUCAUGUCACAACGUAUGAGACAGAACAUCCGGUUAAGACGACGAGGUUCAUUAAGGUUUCGGAAAACGCUCAGAAUAAAUCCGUUUGCAUCACAUGCCAUACAUAUGCUCGAGAGCAGCCCAACGCCAAUGAUUUCUCCGAAUUCCAUUCUGCCAAACAAAUCACGGAAGAAAUACAAUCCCUAGAUACAUCCUACAUUACCGUUCGAUCCGAGGAUAACUGGAAGCAAGUAUUUCUUUUGCAGUUCCACCACGCAUGCCUGAAACUGUUCAUCCAAUUUCUCAAUUUCUUAGAGAAGGAUGAAAUCGACCACGCAGAGUAUGCAGUCACGGACCCUAGCAAAGCCGAGCUUCGACAAUGGAACUUAAAAACAAUCGUCAAACGGUCGUACGAAUAUCGAGACCUAGCAGAGAUGGGGCGCAAGUUUAUAUCCACCACCGAAUAUUUGCUUGAUGUUACAAAUUUAUCAUUUCCUGCUCCCAAUUCUCAAGUUCCCAACUCUCCACUUCCUGGACACAAUUUCAAGGCUACCGAAAUAGAAUUACGAUUUCUCUUUCAGGAGGCAAACGAGCAACUCAAGAAAUUCUCAGAUCGACUAGAUCGGGACCUUAAAUACCUUGAACUAGCCCGGAACUUCAACCAGAAUAGAAGCGUCCAACAGCUUACCCUCUUAGCCACCGUCUUCUUACCUCUAUCGCUUGCAGCUGGUAUUCUGAGCAUGCAAACAAGAUUCAAAGAUCUAGGAGUACUAUUAUAUGACUUCUUUGGUGUUGUGGUACUACUCGCGGGUAUCGUUCUCAUCAUCAUGAUCAUGUUGAAUUUUGUGGCUGUUGUCAAAGAAUUGGAUAGCAAAUCUGUUCAACAUAAGUCGUAUAGAGAGACCUUCCGAGUAAUAACCCUGAGCUUAGUCAAAUAUGAGCUUCUAGUAUUUGGAGCUCUGCUUUUAUCUUCUUUCCUGGUUGGAAUGUUCAAAGACGCUUCGCUUGGAGCUAGGAUUCUGGGAUACGGGGCUUUAGCGAUCUGCAGCCCAUUGAUGGUCCUCUUUGAGCUACUGUUCGGUUGCUUUGUGAUUUGGCAUUGGUUUCCUGUGAUAAGAGAAAGGUUCGACAAUGCUUGA